GAAAAAAAAGAUUUGAGGAAGUGAGUCCCGCGGGGCACAGCGCGCGCUGCCGUGGAAGGGUAUAAAUUCACUCAAACUUCCUUGUCUCCACUUUGCAGCUUCUUGUAAAAGUCGCCGGGAUCGUUUGAGCAGUGACAUAGUUAUACUGAAACCAUGUCGUGGGACAGCUACAUCACUAAUCUACUAAUCCAAGGUGAGGGGCUAGAAAUCAGGGGCGCCGCAAUCGUAGGCCAUGAAACGGGUGCAGAGUCGGUGUGGGCGUCGUCGCCGGUGCUCCAAGGAAUAACGGUUGCUGAGAUCAAGGCUUUGGUGAACCCCGACCGCUCUAAGCUGCUGACUACUGGCACAUCAGUGGCAGGGGUUAAUUGCAGAGUGCUGAGAGACAACCGUGGGGACAAUGUGGAGAUAAUGGACAUGCGCACCAAAAAAAGCAACCCCGACUCCAUAACUUACAGCAUUUGUGUUGCCAAGUCUAACAAAGCUCUGGUUAUUGUUCAGGGACAUGAGAAUGUUCAUGGAGGAAAGGUAGGCCAAGCUGCCUACAACGUGGCUAAAUAUCUCAAGGAUUCUGGCUUCUGAGAAUGUUCUGCCCAUACAACCACUGACACUUCCUCACACCCCCGCCCCCUUCGCCCUGAUUACCAUCUCCCACCUCAGUCCCCACCAUUUUAUUGAGUCUUAUUGUUGAUGAGCCGCCAAACACUCAUUAUACAUGACCUAGUGAUUCAGUUCGUAAUAGCAAGCCACUCCAGUCCAUUUAACAUUUUGUUGUAUACCACUAAUGUUAUUUAGAGUACAGUGAAUGGUGAUGGGAUUAUGUUGGUUGUCAGUGCCCACCAUCCUGUCUUAUCAUAAUAAUCCUCCUCCUCCUCCUCUUCAUCAACAGCAGCGCCUCAGUAAGGAUUGAUCACUGUGAACCCUUACGAUGGCUGCAUGUUUGAUUGGUGUGAUUGUUAAUGGUACACAGCGUUCAGUAUUCGGCAGGGAUGUGACUGGAUCAUUUAAAUCUCUAUCCCCUCUGGUUAAGCCAUCUGCUGUAGUUUUUUUUUUUUUUUUUUUGUUUCUUGUUGUUGUGUCCUACAGAACAAAAAAAAGAGAUUCUAAAUAAAGAUAAAUAAUUCUAAGGUCA